CUUCAAGCCUGCUGCUGCUGCUGCCACUGCCUGAAAGGACCUGAAAUACCACACAGGGAAUUUUGAUUUCUUCUGGGGAACCAGGAAAGAAAAGGCAGGAAAACUCAUCUGGAGAUUGUGAAGAAGACAUACAGUAACAGCAAGAAGUGGCAAGCUCUUUCCUUAUUAAACGCCGAAAAACACCUAAUUUCUCUGCCAGGUGUAUGGGACUUAGAUUCUCGAAGCACUGCACUGAACUGUUAAAGGUAAACUAUGACCACUUUACUAUUAGUGUUUGUGUGUUUGCGACUCAUCACUGCAGCCGUCUCUGUGGAGCUCUCAGACAAUAGUGAUGGCCUGGAAGUGAAGAUACCUGAGCAGUCUCCCCUGCGUGUUGUCCUGGGACGCUCCCUGAACAUCCCCUGUUACUUCAACAUCCCAGAGGAAGAUGACACCGGUGCUCUGCUGACCCCACGGAUCAAAUGGAGCAAACUCUCAAAUGGGACAGAAGUUGUCUUGCUAGUGGCCACCGGUGGGAAAAUUCGACUCAACACUGAGUACAGGGAAGUGAUCUCUUUGCCCAAUUACCCUGCCAUCCCCACCGAUGCCACCUUGGAAAUCAAGGCACUAAGAUCCAACCACACUGGGAUUUAUCGCUGUGAAGUGAUGUAUGGGAUUGAGGACAGACAAGACACAAUAGAGGUCCUAGUGAAAGGCGUCGUAUUCCACUACAGAGCAAUCUCCACGAGGUAUACCUUGAACUUUGAGAAGGCAAAGCAGGCCUGCAUCCAGAACAGCGCUGUCAUUGCUACUCCCGAACAGCUGCAAGCUGCCUAUGAAGAUGGGUAUGAGCAGUGUGAUGCCGGCUGGCUGGCUGAUCAGACUGUCAGGUACCCCAUCCACCGUCCCCGAGAGCGUUGCUAUGGUGACAAGGAUGAAUUUCCUGGAGUGAGGACCUAUGGUGUCCGGGAGACAGAUGAAACCUAUGAUGUUUACUGCUACGCAGAGCAAAUGCGAGGCAAAGUCUUCUAUGCCACCUCCCCGGAGAAGUUCACCUUCCAGGAAGCUUUUGACAAAUGCCGCAGUUUGGGAGCACGUUUGGCCACCACGGGAGAGCUGUACUUAGCGUGGAAGGAUGGCAUGGACAUGUGCAGUGCAGGCUGGCUGGCAGAUCGCAGCGUCCGGUAUCCCAUUUCAAAAGCACGGCCCAACUGUGGAGGAAACCUGGUGGGCGUGCGGACAGUGUACCUGUAUGUCAACCAGACAGGGUACCCUCACCCUCAGUCUCGCUACGAUGCCAUCUGCUAUAGUGGUGACGACUUUGAAUCUCUAGUCCCAGUGCAGUUUACUGAUGAGACAGGAAGUGAGCUGGGCAGUGCCUUUACCAUCCAGACUGUCACCCAAACAGAAGUUGAGCUACCUCUGCCGCGCAAUGUCACAGAGGAGGAGGCUCGUGGCAGCAUUGCUACCCUGGAGCCCAUUGAGAUCACACCCACUGCCACUGAGCUGUACGAAGGCUUCACCGUUGUGCCCCAUCUCUUCACCACCAGUGUCACAGUACAGACAGCUUUCCCUGAAGAAGAGAACGUGACCAGAGAAGAAGUCACAGAAGUGUGGGCUAUGCCUGAAGUUGUCACAACCUCAGUUUCAGACACUGCCUUCACCACUGGAACAGCAGAGGUGAGCUCAGUGGAAGAGACCUUGGGGGUGACUGCCACACCAGGACUAGAGUCUGCCUCAGUGUUCACAGUGGAAGAUCAGAUUGUACCAGUGACAGCUUCCCCUGAUGUCGCUUUCUUCCCUGAGCAGCCCAUUUCUCCCACAGGUGUGGUGUUUCACUACCGUGCUGCCACCAGCAGAUAUGCCUUCUCUUUCGUCCAAGCCCAGCAGGCCUGCCUGGAUAACAACGCAGUUAUUGCCACUCCUGAACAGCUCCAGGCUGCCUACGAGGCUGGCUUAGAUCAAUGUGAUGCCGGCUGGCUGCGAGACCAGACAGUGAGGUAUCCCAUUGUGAAUCCUCGAAGUAACUGCGUAGGAGACGGAGAGAGCUCUCCAGGCGUGCGGUCAUACGGCAUGCGCCCAGCCUCAGAAACCUAUGAUGUAUACUGCUAUAUUGACAGGCUAAAGGGUGAGGUGUUCUUUGCAACCCAGCCAAAUCUAUUCACUUUCCAAGAAGCUCAGGAGUAUUGUGAAAGCCAAAAUGCCACUUUGGCCUCUGUUGGACAACUCCACGCUGCCUGGAAGCAGGGUCUGGAUAGAUGCUAUGCUGGCUGGUUAGCUGAUGGCAGCCUCCGAUACCCAAUCGUGACCCCGCGACCUGCCUGUGGGGGAGAUGCACCUGGAGUGAGAACCGUCUACCUGCACGAUAACCAAACGGGCUUUCCCAGCCCCCAGUCACGGCAUCACGCAUUCUGUUUCAGAGCUCUGCCAUCUGUGGAGGAGGAGGAAGGGGUUACCUCAUUCUUUGAAGAAGAAAUGCUCGUAACCCAGGUGAUCCCUGGAGUGGAGGGAGUACCUUCUGGGGAAGAAACAACUGUGGAGAUGGAGUUUCCCACUGAAACUGAGAUUCAGACAGCCUGGGGAACAGAAAUCUUUCCAACUGACAUAUCGCUGCUUUCAGUGAGUCCAUCUGCAUUUCCUCCAGCUACUGUCAUACCAGAAGAAACAAGUACCGAUACUUCCAUUAGCAUGUCAGGCGAGAUCACUGAAUCUGGAGAGCCUCAAGUCAGUGGUGAAUCUUCAGCAUCUGGGUGGGUAUCUGGAGUCCCAGAUAUAAGUGGAGAAUCGACUUCUGGAAUUUUUGAACUUAGUGGAGAACACUCAGGGAUUGGAGAAAGUGGAUUACCAUCAGUAGACCUGCAUACCAGUGGCUUUCUAUCCGGAGAAAGUGGUCUAUCCUCAGGGGACCUAAGUGGGGUGCCUUCUGGCAUUGUUGAUAUUAGUGGUUUACCUUCUGGAGAGGAAGAUAUGUCAGUGUCUACUUCAAGGAUACCAGAAAUUAGUGGGAUGCCAUCUGGAGUGGAAAGUAGUGGGCUGACUUACGGAUUCAGUGGAGAAAUCUCUGGAACUGAGCUAAUCAGUGGCCUGCCUUCCGGUGAGGAAAGUGGAUUUCCAUCUGGUUUUCCUACUGUGUCCCUUGUUGAUUCCACUUUGGUGGAAGUUGUAACAACAGCACCAGAAAGGCAAGAGGAAGGAAAAGGAUCGAUUGGAGUCAGUGGAGAAGGAGAUCUAUCAGGGUUUCCAUCUGCUGAAUGGGACACGAGUGGAGGAGCCAGGGGGCUACCCUCAGGAGCUGAGCUCAGCGGAGAGCCGUCCGGAGUGCCUGAGCUCAGCGGAGAGCCGUCCGGAGUGCCUGAGCUCAGCGGAGAGCCGUCCGGAGUGCCUGAGCUCAGCGGGUUACCCUCAGGUCUGGAUAGCAGUGGAGAAUCAUCUGGAAUACCUGAGAUCAGUGGCCUAGUGGACCUAAGUGGCCUUAUUUCUGGUGUUGAUGGAAGUGGUGAUGCCUCAGGCAUUAGCUUUAUAAAUGCCAGUUUGGUGGAAGUGACAACCCCCUCUGUUACAGAAGUGGAAGCAAAAGAGAUUUUGGAGAUCAGUGGCUUGCCUUCAGGAGGUGAAGACACAUCAGGCAUGGUAUCUGGUAGUUUAGACAUUAGUGGUUCUGGGCAUAUAGACUUCAGUGGGAGUGUUUCUGGAGUGCUUGAGAUGAGUGGACUUCCGAGUGGAGUCAUUGACAGCAGUGGAGAAGUCUCUGGAGUUGAUGUCACUAGUGGCCUAAUGUCUGGAGAGGAAAGUGGACUCAUAUCUGGCUUUCCUACAGUCUCUCUUGUGGAUACCACUCUGGUUGAAGUUGUUACGCAAGCAUCAGUUGCACAAGAGGUGGGAGAAGGGCCAUCUGGGAUGAUAGAAAUCAGUGGCUUUCCUUCUGGAGACAGAAGAAUAUCUGUAGAAGGGUCUGGAGCUGUGGAGACUAGCGAGUUACUUUCAGGGACAGGAGACCUCAGUGGAGAGCCAUCUGGGAUCCCAUAUUUCAGUGGAGACAUUUCUGGAGUCACAGACCUAAGUGGACAAUCUUCAGCAGUGACUGAUAUUAGUGGGGAGGUCUCAGGGCUUCCAGAAGUCACUUUAGUCACUUCUGAUUUAGUUGAAGUUCUGACAAAGCCAACAGUUUCACAGGAACUGGGUGGGGAAAAAGCAGUCACGUUUCCCUAUAGUUUUGGGCCUAGUGGUGAGGCCUCUGCAUCUGGUGAACUAAGUGGGGAAACAUCUGCCUUCCCUGAAACCGGCACAGAAGCAUCCACCGUUCAAGAAAUCAGUGGGGAAACAUCUGCCUUCCCUGAAACCGGCACAGAAGCAUCCACCGUUCAAGAAAUCAGUGGGGAAACAUCUGCCUUCCCUGAAACCGGCACAGAAGCAUCCACCGUUCAAGAAAUCAGUGGGGAAACAUCUGCCUUCCCUGAAACCAGCACAGAAAUAUCCACCGUUCAAGAAAUCAGUGGGGAAACAUCUGCCUUCCCUGAAACCAGCACAGAAAUAUCCACCAUUCAAGAAGUCAGUGGGGAAACAUCUGCCUUCCCUGAAACCAGCAUAGAAACAUCCACCGUUCAAGAAAUCAGUGGGGAAACAUCUGCCUUCCCUGAAACCAGCACAGAAAUAUCCACCGUUCAAGAAAUCAGUGGGGAAACAUCUGCCUUCCCUGAAACCGGCACAGAAGCAUCCACCGUUCAAGAAAUCAUGCAUGAAACCAGUGGGGAAAUGUCUGCGUUCCCUGAAAUUAGCAUAGAAACUUCAACAGUCCGUGAAAUCAGUGGUGAAAAUUCUGUGUUUCCUGAAAUUAGCAUAGAAACUUCUACCAGUCAAGAAGCUAGGGGUGAAACAUCUGCCUUCCCUGAAAUUAGCAUAGAGACUUCAGUGCAUGAAACCAGUGGUGAAACGUCUGCGUUCCCUGAAAUUAGCAUAGAAACUUCGACAGUCCGUGAAACCAGUGGUGAAAAUGCUGCAUUUCCUGAAAUUAGCAUAGAAACUUCUACCAGUCAAGAAGCUAGGGGUGAAACAUCUGCCUUCCCUGAAAUUAGCAUAGAAACUUCAGUCCAUGAAACCAGUGGGGAAACAUCUGCGUUUCCUGAAAUUACCAUAGAAACAUCUACAAGUCAAGAAGCCAGGGGUGAAACAUCUGCCUAUCCUGAAAUUGCCAUAGAAACAUCCACAGUUCAGGAAGUAAGUGGAGAAACUUCUAUUUACCCUGGAAUUAGCAUAGAAACUUCAACUUCAGUCCGUGAAACCAGUGGUGACACAUCUGCAUUUCCUGCAGUUAGAAUUGAAACAUCUACAAGUCAAGAAGCCAGGGGUGAAACAUCUGCCUUCCCUGAGAUUAGCAUAGAAAAAUCCACAGUCCAUGAAACCAGUGGUGAAACUUCUGCGUUGCCUGCUGUUCACAUUGAAACAGCUACCACAUUUUUGGCUGGUGCUGAGUCUUUCGGAGUUCCCGAGGUGAAAGAAAUUCCUAAAGUAACAUCUGAAACUCUGACACCCUCAGUCACAGACAUUUCAGGAGAAACCUUUGUCCCAGACAUUGUAAUUAGUACCAGUAUUCCAGAUGUUGAAUUAACACAGGAGCCCAGGAAUCCUGAAGAAGCUCAGCUUGAAAUAGAGUCCUCCACUACCACGAUGUCAGGGCAAGAGACAGAAACAGCUGUUGUUCUAGACACUCCACAUCUGUCAGCCACUGCUACUGCUAUCCUGCCUCAAGUAUCGCAAGAAGCAAUAGAUGCGUUGGGACCGACUACUGAAGACAUUGAUGAGUGCCACGCAAGCCCCUGUCUGAAUGGAGCUACCUGCGUUGAUGGCAUCGACUCUUUCAAAUGCUUAUGCCUUCCCAGCUACGGAGGGGACCUGUGUGAGAUCGACCUGGAAAACUGUGAGGAAGGUUGGACCAAGUUCCAGGGCCACUGUUACAGGCACUUUGAAGAGAGGGAGACUUGGGUGGAUGCAGAGACUAGAUGCCGAGAACAUCAAGCCCACCUGAGCAGCAUCAUCACCCCAGAAGAACAAGACUUUGUCAACAACCACGCGCAGGAUUACCAGUGGAUCGGCCUCAGUGACAGAACCGUUGAGAACGACUUCCGCUGGUCUGACGGGCACUCCUUGCAAUUUGAGAACUGGCGGCCCAAUCAACCCGAUAACUUCUUUGCUGCGGGUGAGGACUGCGUUGUGAUGAUCUGGCAUGAGCAAGGCGAAUGGAACGAUGUCCCAUGCAACUAUCAUCUCCCUUUCACAUGCAAGAAGGGAACAGUUGCCUGUGGGGACCCUCCCAUGGUGGAGAACGCCAGGACCUUCGGCAGGAAGAAGGACCGCUAUGAAAUAAACUCCAUGGUGCGGUACCAGUGUAACCACGGCUACAUCCAGCGCCACGUGCCCACGAUUCGGUGCCAGCCCAAUGGGCAGUGGGAGGAGCCGCGGAUAUCCUGCAUAAACCCCUCCACCUACCAGCGCAGACUAUACAAGAGGAGCCCCAGGACUCGGUCGAGACCCAACGGCAGAGCCGUGCACAGACCCACCCAUUAGAGCGGGGCAAGAGAGACAGAGGGGGGAAAGAGAGCGUGAGAGAGAGAGAUUUUACAGAACAGUUAUAUUAACAGAGUUGUUUUCUUCUUCUUGUUGUUGUUGCUUUUUGCCAUAUAAGGAAAAAAAUUAUA